ACAUUAUGUUGUUCUUUUAGGAGCUUUCGCAGUACACAAAUGUCUCAUGAUGCCAAGGCUGUCGAGAUUGCCAAAGACGUCCUGCUAGAAAAGGACGCUUUGAAACUGUCCACCAUUAAGGAUAUCGUUUACAUCAGUGGAUUCCGGGUUGAGCCGAGCACUUCUGAGCUGCUGGUUGGAGAUGAGGUCUUCAUGAUCAAUGACCAGGCCGUGUCCUCGGUGGAGGAAGCCACCAAAUGCAUCCAAGCUAAUGAGGGGGAGACGGUGACUUUCUCCGUCAAAAAGAUCCCUCAUGGGGUGCUGAGCUACAUUUCAAGACCGCAGGAACCGACUAUCGAUCUCAAGAAGCUCGGGCUGACUCUUGUAGGUAACGAAGUGACGAAGUUUGAUUCGGAAGGACUGGUAGCACGUAGUGGUAUCCCUUCUCGGCAAUUGGUACCUGGCAUCACAAACAAUGGAGAGUUGGUCAACUGGGCGCUCACGCAAAUGAAUAUGAUACCAAUCUCUGUCAGCGUCACCUCUGCCCAGGUGGAGGAGAUUCUCGCGGACUGUGGUAACAACGUGGCCCUUGUUUUCCAUCCCGCUGACUUCGCAGCCGCCCUAUAACACAAUGAUGUCGAGAAUGAACACAGGCAUGACAACGAUGACAAUUGCCAUCCAUAUACAGGGUUUUUGCGACAGCCCCCUUGUUCUUCGCACCCACCAUGUUCAUAAUUUAUAGUUUAGGAGCGGACUGGUCAUUUUUAGGGACCCCUUUUAGUAGUUUUCUUUUUUUUUAGCAGUGCGGUCGAAUAUUUUGGCUCGAAGGCCGAUUGAUUAUUUUGUAGUUAAAGAGCCGGUGUGCAGUGUUGGCACCGAAAAUUGCGUCUUUUUUGCGGACCGGUUUUAGCCAAUGUCCGCUUAUGAUUGAAGUACAGAUAAAGUUGAAUUAUUUAAGAUUUAUGUUGAUUGACGAUUAAUUUUUUAGGAUUCUCCUUCGUUUAUCUCUAUUACUAAACCAGAUUCGAUAUACAUCUUCAUAAUUUACACAGAUCCUGAAAUCAUUUCGAGAAGGUAAACCGCCCUCAAAACCCCCGACCCCCCCCCCUCUCGCAUCGACGACCCUGAUACUGGAUAUUGUUUCUCAAUUGGUAGUUAAGAUAAGUGGCCUUCCGAGCAGUGUCAUAUCAUGAGUCCAUCAAUUGAGGGGCACAUGGAUGAUUGGGGGCACCACUUUUACUCGGAAAGUGAAAUGCGAAUUUUCAAGGCUAUGCUUGAUAAUGAGAAGAGGGUCAGGGAAGGGGUCCAGGGACCCGCUUCACAAAGCAUUUUUUCAAUGACAAACGAAGAAAAAAAAAUCAGUGACAAAUCUGCUGAUAACCAAUCAGAGGCAAAGAUUUCACUACUGAGCUUGUAACAAAAACUGUCAUUUUGUCACUGAUGACAAGUUUUGUGAAAUGGGACCCAGGUUUCUUCUUUUCUCAUU